GUGUGACGGGCGGAGAAGGAUAUCCGCAGUUGGGAAGGGUUGGUCGGUUCUGGCCGGCCGGCAGCCAGGCAAGGCAGCACUGUCAUGGCGGCCGCCCAAGUGGGAGUCGAGGUCGGAGGCGCCGCAGCCAGCCUGAGGCCGGAGGCCGGGGCGCAGAGGGCUGAGCUCAUGCCGCUGUUGGAGGCGUCUCUGUGGCCGGGGGAGUCCUGGUACCUGGUUGACAGCCGGUGGUUCAAACAGUGGAAGAAGUACGUGGGCUUUGACAGCUGGGACCUGUAUAAUGUUGGGGAGCCUAACCUCUACCCGGGACCCAUUGAUAACUCAGGGCUUUUUGCAGAUUCAGAAACUCAGACUUUGAAAGAGCAUCUCAUCGAUGAAUUGGAUUAUGUGUUGGUUCCUACUGAAGCCUGGAAUAAAUUAGUAAAUUGGUAUGGCUGUAUAGAGGGACAGAACCCAAUUGUGAGGAAAGUUGUGGAAUAUGGUCUGUUUGUGAAGCACUGUAAAGUAGAGGUUUAUCUUUUGGAGUUGAAAUUAUGUCAGAACAGCGAUCCUACAAAUCUUGUAAGCUCUUAUUUUAGCAAAGCAGACACUGUUGCUACCAUUGAAAAAGAGAUGAGAAAACAGUUUAAUAUACCUGAUGGAAAAGAAAUUAGACUGUGGAGCAGAUAUAUGAGUAAUACUUACGAACAGCUAAGUAAACUUGACAGCACUAUACAAGAUGCGGGUCUCUACCAGGGACAGGUAGUGUUAAUAGAAGUGAAGAAUGAAGAUGGUACUUGGCCAAGACAAUCUUCACUGGCAAAAUCAAGCACUGCAACAAGUAGAAGUCUAGCUACCUCUUCAAAAUCAUCAGCAAGUUCUUGCUCCUCAGCAGUUGCCUCUUCGGCCAUUACAAAUGGUGAUAGCAAUAACUCCUAUGGUUUGAACUCCAGCCAUGGCAAAGGAGGCUCUAGCCUUUCUUGCAACUUCUACAACAACAGGGAGAGCUCUCCACAGUCACAGCCUGGCCUCUGUGGCCUCAGUAACCUAGGAAAUACAUGUUUUAUGAACUCAGCAUUACAGUGUUUGAGUAAUACUCCCCCACUGACAGAGUACUUCUUGGAGGACGAAUAUGAAGCUGAAAUAAAUCAAGACAAUCCUCUAGGAAUGAGGGGAGAAAUUGCAGAAGCAUAUGCAGAACUCAUCAAACAGAUGUGGUCCGGAAGAUAUACACAUGUGGCCCCCCGCAUUUUCAAAACCCAGGUUGGCCGCUUUGCUCCUCAGUUUUCAGGAUACCAACAACAAGAUUCCCAGGAGCUCUUGUCCUUUCUUCUGGAUGGUUUACAUGAGGAUCUAAACCGAGUAAAGAAGAAACCAUACUUGGAGUUGAAGGAUGCUAAUGGCAGGCCUGAUUCGGUGGUGGCAAAAGAAGCCUGGGAGAAUCAUCGAUUACGAAAUGAUUCCAUCAUUGUAGACAUUUUUCAUGGUCUCUUCAAAUCUACAUUAGUCUGUCCCAAAUGCUCUAAAAUUUCAGUGACUUUUGACCCCUUUUGCUACUUAACCCUUCCAUUGCCCAUGAAGAAAGAUCGAACGAUGGAGGUGUUCUUGGUUUUUGCAGAUCCACAACGCAAACCCUGUCAAUACCGAGUCGUGGUGCCAAUGAUGGGGGGUGUAUCUGACCUAUGUGAUGCACUCUCACAACUCUCUGGGAUCCCUGCAGAAAAUAUGGUGGUGACAGAUGUUUAUAAUCACAGAUUUCACAAAAUUUUCCAAAUGGAUGAAGGCUUGAGCCAUAUUAUGCCAAAGGACAACAUCUUUGUGUCCCAUGAUGUCCAGCCCCGCUAGGCUUCUGCUCCGCUGUAAAGCCCCAGCAUGUAACAUGAUGGUGAUGUCACAUCACCCAGGAUCCUGCUGGAGCAUGGAGCCAGCCUACAAGGGGUCAGGUAAG